AUGCAUACACACUACCUGACCUCAUCGCGUACCAAUCCACAAUUCUACAUAUUCACACAGCUCUUUGAGGCUGAACACACUGAUAGCUCGCCGUUCGAUCUGACCAGCAUACAGGAGGCGAGUUGGCUGGAUUUCUGGCAGCGCGAGGGCCACCAGCUGCUGGAGGAGAAGUGGAACAAGAGGUUUCCCGAAUACAAGGACAUCGGCGAGGCUGGUGGGGACUGUGACGAGGCGGAGAGAGUCAGCUGGCAGGCGCUCUGGGAGGAGCAUGCCAAAGAGCUGAGUGCUCGCUUUUGGCACAUAUUCAGCUGCGCCUUUGAGAACUAUCAGCACGAGCUGCUGAAAUCUCUAUCUCCCAUCGAUACAGAGAAUCUAGAGGAGGUUGAGCAGGAACUGGAGCAGCUGGAAUUAAGCGGUAACCAGCCCAAGGGCAAGCGAAAGAAAAACAAAAAAAUCGAUGCAAAAGAGCCUUAUUUGAUUUCCAACGACGACCCCGAAGAGGCCUAUUUGAGUGCCAACGACGAUCCCGAAGAUAUGGGAGAGGCAUGGCGGCGUAACCUCCACGGCCUGCCGGACUCCCUUGGCGCCAAGUCAAAAAACUCCACACAACGUCAGCCAAGAACAGAGUCCUGGUUUGAGCAGUAUUCCAGUAGUUACUACGACCCCGAAGACAUUGAAGAGGAAAAGCAGCGUAAACUCCUUGGCCUGCCAGCCUCCUUUGGCGCCCAGGCCAGUAACUCCAAGCGACGCAAGCCAAAAACAGAGUCGUGGGUUGAGCAGUACUCCAGCAGCUACUACGACUCCGAAGAUAUUGAGGAGGAGGAGGUGCAACGUAAUCAUCCCGCCCAAAAACUUCUCGCCUCCUUUGGAGCCCAGGCCAGUUACUCCACGCGUCGCCAGUCAAGAACAGAGUCGUGGCUUGAGCACGACAGCAGCUACUACGACUCGGACCUAGACAUCAUGACCAGCGACGAGGAAGCAGAGCCCCUGCAUGGCGUGCGGCGCGGCUUCAUCAAAAAGAACAAGCCAAAGAAGAAGAAGAAGCCCAACAAGAAACUCGUGGCCCAGAUGCCGGAAUUCAUGUUAGAGAACAAAGGCAAGCUCUUCAAGUACUGGCUGAAGCGCUUCUCGCUGUUCUCCCGCUUCGAUCAGGGCAUCCGCCUGGAUCGCGAGAGCUGGUUCUCGGUGACACCGGAGAAGAUUGCGAAGCAGACGGCUCGUCGUUUGGCCUGCGACGUGAUCCUGGACGCCUUCUGUGGCUGCGGCGGCAAUGCCAUCCAGUUUGCCGCCACCUGCGGCCGCGUCAUUGCCGUGGACAUCGAUGCGGAGAAGCUGGCCAUGGCCAAGCACAAUGCUCGCAUCUACGGUGUGGCUGAUAAGAUCGAGUUCAUUCACGCCGACUUUUUGCAGUUCGCAGCCAGCACCAAGCUGCGUCCGGACGUGGUGUUCUUCAGCCCGCCCUGGGGCGGGCCCAGCUACAUAAAUCAGGCAACAUUUGACAUCGAACGGAGUCUGCUGCCUGUGGGCGCCAGCCAUCUGAUGCAGCUGGGCCGUCGGCUCGCCAACAGCGUCGGCAUCUUUCUGCCCCGCAAUGCCAACAUGAGUCAGGUGAUUGCCCUCAGCGGCGUUGGGCAGCAGUGCGAGGUGGAGCACAACUACCUGGAUACGCGCCUGGUGGCCAUUACGGCCUACUUUGGCAGUGGACUGAUCAAAAAUCAGCCAAAACUCAAAACUCAAACUGCAGCAGUAGGAAAUUCGUUCCUAUAA